UCAUCUCCAAAUUCUCCCAAAUCCCAUCCCCACUCUCCAAGUGCUCUAAACAACACCACCACCAAGAACAUCGAGAACAAUACCGAAACAAUUCAAGAACAGCAAAAGCUACACAAAGAUUUCUCAUCUUCACAAUCACUAGUGAUCAUGAGCAACAAUUCAGUUAGAGUGCAAGAAGACCAAAAGGCCAAGACGAACAAGAGAUACAUGUUUCUUUUGGUGAUCAACUACCUGUUCCUCUUUGCGGGCUCACUCUCUUCGAGCUUACUCUCAAAGUUUUAUUUCAACCAUCACGGUUCAAGCAGAUGGGUAUCUACAUGGGUACAAUCUGCUGGUUUCCCUCUUCUUAUCUUCCCCAUUUACCUCCCUUUUUAUGUCCUCAAAUGCACUGAUAGACGUCCCUUUAGUCACUUCACUCCAAGGAUAUUAAUCUUAUCAAUCUUAAUAGGUCUUAUGUUAGGCGUGAAUAACCUUCUCUUUUCAUGGGGCAAUUCUUAUCUCCCAGUAUCAACCUCAUCUCUACUUUUGUCUUCUCAACUUGUAUUCAACCUUAUUCUCUCGGUUAUCAUAGUAAAACAAAAGAUCACCUUUCAAAAUCUCAACUGUGUAGUCCUUUUGACCCUAAGUUCAGUCCUUUUGGCUUUAGGUUCAAGCCAUGAUAAACCUCAAGGACUAACCCGUGCAAAAUACUUCGUUGGUUUCUUUUCAACCAUAGGAGCUGGCUUGUUAUUUGCUUUAUAUUUACCAGUCAUGGAAAAGAUAUACAAAUGGAUCUACUGUUAUGAGAUGGUGAUGGAAAUGCAGUUAGUGAUGGAGAUUGCUGCCACAGCUCUGGCCACUGCGGGGAUGGCAUCAGACGGUGGUUUUUCAGAGAUGAAGAGAGAGAGCCAAGUCAAAUUUGAUAAAGGACCAAAGAUUUACUGGGUGACGGUGUUCGCUAACGUGGUUACAUGGCAGCUAUGCUUCAUGGGCACAGCAGGAAUGGUUUUCUUAACAUCAUCACUAACAGGAGGGAUUUGCAUGACUGCCCUUUUGGCCAUGAACGUGUUAGGAGGGGUGCUGGUCUAUGGAGAUGAGUUUGGUGGUGUCAAGGUAGUAUCCACUGUGCUUUGUGGGUGGGGUUUUUGUUCUUAUGUUUAUGGUAUGUAUCUUAAAAUGAGAGAAGAAAAGGAGAAGGAGAAUAAAAAUCAUGGGAUGGAGAUGGCUCAUAACGUUGUAUCAGCCAACAAUGUUUAGAGAAAAAUAAUAAUUAGUAGUAUCUUAUGUGUGAUUAAUGAAAAGAUAAUUCGAGGGAUUGGAGACAA